AUGACGACGAUCAACAUCCGGCGUGAUUGGUGGCAUUAUCUCGACCUCUCGAUCACGCGCAAAGACAUCAACGAUGAGCGUGGCGGCGGCGGCGGUGGUGACGACGCGAUUCAGUCUGAGGAAAACCACAUAUUGCAUUUGAGGGAGGUAUUGACUGCCUUGCAGGAGAAUAAGCUAUAUAUUAAUUUUAAGAAAUGCAGUUUUAUGGGCAACAAACUGUUACUCUUGGGAUACGUGAUAUUUACUGAUGGAAUACAGGUUGAUGAGGUUAAAGUUAAGGCGAUUCGAGACUGGCCUGCACUAAUAAAUGUGUCAGAACUUCGCAGUUUUCAUGGGUUAGCAACUUUUUAUCAGAGAUUCAUCAAGAACUUUAGUACAAUUACAACCCCAAUGACAGAAUGGUUAAAGAAAGGUAAAUUUCAGUGGAGUAAGGAGGUAGAUAACAGUUUUACACUCUUAAAAGAGAAUCUGUGUACUACUCCAAUUCUUGCACUCCCAAAUUUUGAGAAGCUGUUUAAAGUUGAUUGUGAUGCAAGUGUAGUUGAAAUUGGUGUUGUUUUAUCCCAAGAAAAAAGGCACUGGUAUUUUUCAGUAAAAGCUCAGUGA